CCGCAAUACCCACUGGACCACAGACAUCAGACCUUUUCCCUGACUAGAUCUACAAGUGAAUAGGUAAGUACUGGUUAUGAACCCCCUCCCCUUCGUGGUAUCCAAUUGCGAAACUGUGAUAAUCAUUAGGCAAGACUAUCACGCACAAAACACGCCUAGCUACCGAGACACCAGCCCAAAUAUAUGUAGGCCCCCAACCCCAACGGGAUAUCUAGAUACGAUACACGCAGUAAUCAAACCUCCCUGCCACAGCCCCAAACGCCAAGGAACAGCAACACACACACCCAAAAAAAAGUCAUGGAAUGAGGUAACAGUUCAGUUCAGUUCGAUUCGCUUCGAUUCAAUCAAGUCAGGUUCGCGCUGACGAGCUAAAGCGGAGAAGCGCAAGCCGGUCUCCAGUCCAGCACGACCUGCGGCGGGGAAUGUACUGUAGGUGUAGUCCUAGUAUUGCAGGUCGACAU